UCACUUCCCUCUCCCGCCUCUUUUGACCAAAACCGCUGGCUCUCGGACUUGUUCGCCAUAGUCAGCCCUCACAAAAGUCGAGACACAAGACCAAAAAACAAAGGAAAAAAAAAGGAAGUCAGGGCAAAAAUCUAGGGUUUCGAUCGAUCGCUAGGGCUUAGGGCUUCGAAAUCGAUAACCAUGCUGUCGAGGUCAGGAACGUCGAGAGGCCUCUUUGGCUGGUCCUCGCCGGUGCAACCUCUGACGCCGGUGUCGGAGGUCUCAGAGCCGGAAUCUCCGUACGACCGUCAUGGAUUUCAACGAAUCGGUGGUGGGCGAGGACGGGGGGUCGGCGAUGGAGACGAGGAGAUCGAGCCGCGCCGCCGGGAUUCAGUUCCCUUUAUGAGGCUGUUUGCUUACGCUGAUAAGCUCGAUUGGGCUCUAAUGGCGGUGGGAGCGGUCGCUGCGGCUGCUCACGGGGUUGCGCUUGUUGUUUACUUGCAUUUCUUUGGGAAAACCAUUAAUUUGCUUAGUUUGCAUCAUGAUGGGUCUGAAGCUGUGAGGGGGCAGAUGUUUCAUAAAUCGAAGGAGCAUGCUUUGUACAUAAUAUAUAUGGCUGCUGGUGUAUUUCUUGCUGGGUGGAUUGAGGUAUCAUGCUGGAUUAUUACUGGAGAGAGGCAGACUGCAAUCAUCAGGUCAAAAUAUGUCCAAGUGUUACUUAACCAAGAUAUGAGUUUCUUUGACACUUACGGGAACAAUGGAGAUAUUGUUAGUCAAGUGUUUGCUGAUGUGGUUCUCAUUCAGUCUACUCUUAGUGAGAAAGUCGGAAAUUACAUUCAUAACAUGGCCACUUUUGUUGGUGGUAUUGUUAUUGGAUUGGUCAACUGUUGGCAGAUUGCACUUUUAACUCUGGGUACUGGUCCUUUCAUUGUUGCUGCAGGAGGAAUAUCAAAUAUAUUUCUUCAAAGACUUGCUGAAAAUAUUCAAGAAGCAUAUGCAGAGGCAGCAAGUGUAGCUGACCAGGCAGUCUCUUCCAUAAGGACAUUGUAUGCCUUCACAAAUGAAACUCUGGCAAAGUAUUCUUAUGCUACAUCUCUUCAAGCAACACUUAGGUAUGGGAUUUUGAUUAGUCUUGUACAAGGCAUUGGACUUGGAUGCACAUAUGGACUUGCGAUAUGUUCAUGUGCUCUACAACUUUGGGUUGGGAGAUUCCUUGUCUCAAAAGGGAAGGUCAAUGGUGGUGAGAUUAUAACAUCUCUCUUUGCUAUCAUUUUGAGUGGGCUUGGAUUAAAUCAAGCGGCGACAAACUUCUAUUCAUUUGAACUAGGAAGAAUUGCUGCUUACCGACUAUAUGAGAUGAUAAGCCGAUCGAGCUCAAUGGUCAAACAGGAAGGGUGUACAUUGGCUUCCAUACAAGGAAGCAUUGAGUUUCGCAAUGUAUACUUCAGCUACCUUUCCCGUCCAGAAAUCCCAAUUCUAAGUGGGUUCUAUUUGACAGUGCCUGCUAGGAAAAUUGUGGCACUUGUUGGGAAGAAUGGUUCUGGGAAAAGUAGUAUAAUUCCUCUCAUGGAACGCUUUUAUGACCCAACACUAGGGGAAGUUCUUUUGGAUGGAGAAAAUAUUAAAACUAUGAAUCUGGAGUGGCUAAGAAGCCAAAUUGGACUAGUAACCCAGGAGCCAGCCUUAUUAAAUUUGAGCAUCAGGGAUAACAUCGCUUACGGGAGAUCUGCUACAUUUGACCAGAUUGUAGAGGCAGCCAAAUCUGCACAUGCCCAUACAUUUAUCAGCUCACUGGAGAAGGGAUAUGAAACUCAGGUGGGUAAGUUUGGUUUAGUAUUGACUGACGAACAAAAGUUAAAGCUUUCCAUAGCACGGGCUGUAAUUUCGAAACCAUCCAUUCUCCUUCUCGAUGAGGUCACUGGUGGCCUGGAUUUUGAGGCAGAAAGAGCCAUUCAGGAGGCACUGAACAUGCUCAUGUUAGGAAGGUCAACUAUAAUAAUAGCUCGACACCUUAAUAUGAUAAAGAACGUUGAUUAUAUAGCCGUUAUGGAAGAGGGUCAACUUGUUGAAAUGGGGACACAUGAUGAGUUGUCCAGAUUGGAUAGCCUUUAUGCAGAGCUUCUUAGAUCUGAGGAAGCAGCAAAACUUCCUAAGAGAACACCUAUAAACCGCUACUUGGAAACUACAGCUUUACAAGUGGACAAGGAUUCAUCAGCAGAUCACAGCUUCCAAGAACCAUUUUCUCCUAAGAUGGAAAAAUCACUGUCCCUUCACAGAGCACAUGAUGCUCAUGCUUUUCGGGUGGUAGAUGCCCAUUAUGACUUACAAGAUUCACCAAAGGUUUGUAGUCCUCCUCCUGAUCCUGUGGAAUGUGGGAUGACCACAGUGGAACCAGAAAGACCAUCUUUCAUUAAAAAAGAGGACAGUUUUAUAACACGAUUGCCAAAGCUUCCCAAAGUCAGAAGUCAUGCUAUAAAUAAUCGUACCUCAGAUGAUUCAGAUCCUGAAUCUCCUGUUUCACGACUUCUUACAUCUGAUCCUAAACAUGAACGUUCUCAUUCACAGAAAUAUAGCGGUCCGCUUGGUCAGUUUGGUGGCAGGCCUUUUGAACAAAGGCAGCCAAAGACUUCACAGCACCACUCACCAUCAGUUUGGAGGCUAGUGAAGCUCAGUUUUCCGGAGUGGCUCUAUGCAUUUUUAGGAAGCAUUGGUGCUGCUAUGUUUGGUUCUUUCAAUCCUCUUUUUGCUUACGCUAUUGCAUUGAUAGUGGCAGCAUAUUACAAAAUUAGUGAGCAUGAUAUGCGCGAUGAAGUGAACAAAUGGUGUUUGAUUAUUACAUGCAUGGGUGUUGUCACGGUGGUGGCCAACUUUCUGCAGCACUUCUACUUCGGUAUAAUGGGGGAGAAGAUGACUGAGCGAGUUAGAAGAAUGAUGUUCUCAGCAAUUCUGCACAAUGAGGUUGCCUGGUUUGACGAAGAGGAGAAUGAUGUAGACAUCUUAACCGUGCGCUUGGCAAAUGAUGCAACAUUUGUUCGUGCUGCUUUUAGCAAUCGGGUCUCAAUAUUUGUGCAGGACUUUGUAGCAGUUGUUGUGGUCCUUCUUAUUGGGAUGUUGCUAGAAUGGCGAGUAGCACUUGUUGCUUUGGCAACCCUACCAGUUCUUUCGGUUUCUGCCAUCGCACAGAAAAUGUGGCUUAGUGGAUUCUCGAAAGGAAUUCAAGAAAUGCACCAGAAGGCUUCUGUAGUGCUUGAGGAUGCAGUUCGGAACAUUUAUACUGUUGUGGCAUACUGUGCAAGUAACAAAGUAAUGGAAAUUUACAGAUUGCAGCUUAACGGGAUACUGAAGCGGAGCUUCAUCCACGGAAUGGGAAUUGGUCUUGCCUUUGGACUAUCUCAGUUCUUUCUUUUUGCCUGUAACGCCCUUCUCCUCUGGUAUAUUGCUCUCUGUGUGAAAAAGGACCGAAUUAGCUUAGUUACAGCAUUGAAAGAAUACAUGGUCUUCUCCUUUGCUACAUUUGCACUCGUGGAGCCCUUUGGCCUUGCUCCAUAUAUACUCAAGCGUAGACAGUCCCUUGCUUCAGUAUUCGGAAUCAUUGACCGUGAGCCAAAGAUCAAUGCUGAUGACAAUGAAGGCCUGAAACCCCCUAACGUUUAUGGAAGCAUUGAGCUCAGGAAUGUUGACUUUUACUACCCGACUCGCCCAGAGGUGAUGGUGUUGAGAAAUUUUAACCUUAAAGUUGAUGGGGGACAAACAAUAGCAUUAGUGGGUGCAACAGGAUCAGGAAAGAGCACAAUAUUGUCUUUGAUCGAGAGGUUCUAUGAUCCUGUAGCUGGUCAAGUUCUACUAGAUGGGCGAGAUUUGAAGCAGUACAACCUGAGAUGGCUGAGGAAUCACAUAGGAUUAGUGCAACAGGAACCUGUUAUCUUCGCAACCACCAUAAGAGAGAACAUCAUAUAUGCGAGGCACAAUGCAACCGAAGCUGAGAUUAAAGAAGCAGCAAGGAUAGCAAAUGCCCACCAAUUCAUCAGCAGCUUGCCUCAUGGCUAUGACACUCAUGUAGGUAUGAGAGGAGUGGAUUUAACCCCUGGGCAGAAGCAGAGAAUUGCAAUUGCUCGAGUGGUGCUCAGGAAUGCUCCAAUUUUGUUACUGGAUGAGGCCAGCUCUGCGAUUGAGUCAGAAUCAAGUCGGGUAGUGCAGGAGGCCCUUGAUACACUGAUUAUGGGAAAUAAGACAACAAUUCUAAUUGCGCACAAAGCAGUAACUGUUAGAAAUGUGGAUAACAUCGUUGUGCUCAAUGGUGGCAGGAUUAUUGAGCAGGGAACUCAUGAUGCUCUUAUGCAGAUGAAUGGUUUCUAUGUUCAGCUCAUGCAGCCUCAUUUCAGUAGGGGCCUUAGACAACAUCGUCUUGUAUAAGGAAUUUGUUUUAAGUAAGCAAUUUUUUGUGG